CUGGGCGGGGUGGUGGCAUCUAGGGAGGAUCUGAGGGUGGAAGGGGGAGCCUGACGGUGGGAGGUGGGUGCAAGGGGUACCAGCUAGCUGGGGUACCCGAGGGAGACCUGCCAGCCAGCCAGGUAGCGGAGGACUGGGACCUGCAGUCCGCUGCCUUCUUUGGCCGCAGUAGCAGCGGAUGCUCCCCAGGAGGUGGAUCCCCGCUCCGCUGCAGCUGUUGGGGUCUCUAAGAGCCUUCCUGAGCCCUGUAUCUCCGACCCACACACACCUCUAGGGCCGGCACUUCUGACCCCAGCCCCCAGUGCAGCCGCUGGGCACCAUGAAGGAGACAGACCGCGAGGCGAUGGGCACGGCGGUGCAGCGGGUGGCGGGCAUGCUGCAGCGUCCUGACCAGCUGGACAAGGUGGAGCAGUACCGCCGCCGUGAGGCCCGCAAGAAGGCAUCGGUGGAGGCGCGGCUCAAGGCUGCCAUCCAAUCACAGCUGGAUGGGGUGCGCACGGGCCUGAGCCAGCUGCACAGUGCCCUCACCGACGUCAAGGACAUCCAGAGGUCCUUGGCUGAUGUUAGCACAGACUGGAGGCAGAGCAUCAACACGAUUGAGAGCCUCAAGGAUGUGAAGGACGCAGUGGUGCGACACAGCCAGCUUGCGGCUGCUGUGGAGAACCUGAAGAGCAUCUUCUCAGUACCCGAGAUCGUGAGGGAAACCCAGGACCUCAUAGAACAAGGAGAGCUCCUGCAAGCCCAUCGUAAACUCAUGGACCUGGAGUGCUCCCGGGAUGGGCUGAUGUAUGAGCAGUACCGCAUGGACAGUGGGAACACUCGAGAUAUGACCCUCAUACACAGCUACUUUGGGAGCACUCAGGGACUCUCUGAUGAGCUGGCCAAACAGCUAUGGAUGGUACUGCAGAGGGCACUGGUCACUGUCCGCCGUGACCCUACUCUCCUGGUCUCAGUCGUCAGGAUCAUCGAAAGGGAAGAAAAAAUCGACAGGCGCAUCCUUGAUCGGAAAAAGCAAACAGGCUUUGUUCCUCCUGGGAGGCCCAAGAAUUGGAAGGAGAAGAUGUUUGCAAUCCUGGACAGAACUGUGACCACGCGGAUUGAGGGGACCCAGGCUGAUACUAGGGAGUCUGACAAGAUGUGGCUUGUGCGCCAUUUGGAGAUCAUCCGGAAGUAUGUCCUGGAUGACCUCCUAGUGACCAAGAACCUCAUGGUGCAGUGUUUUCCUCCACAUUAUGAGAUCUUUAAGCACCUCCUGCAAAUGUACCACCAGGCCCUAAGCACACGCAUGCAGGAGCUCGCAACUGAAGAUCUAGAAGCAAAUGAGAUUGUGAGCCUUUUGACAUGGGUCUUAAACACCUAUACCAGCGCAGAGAUGAUGGGGAACAUGGAGCUGGCCCCAGAGGUGGAUGCUAGCAGCCUGGACUCUCUCCUGUCUCCACACAUGGUCUCAGAGCUGCUCGAUACCUACAUGUCAACCCUCACGUCCAAUAUCAUUGCCUGGCUGCGAAAAGCACUAGAAACUGACAAGAAAGAUUGGGUACGAGAGACGGAACCAGAAGCUGACCAGGAUGGCUACUACCAGACCACACUCCCUGCCAUUGUGUUCCAGAUGUUUGAACAGAACCUUCAAGUUGCUGCUCAGAUCAGUGAGGACUUAAAGACAAAAGUGUUGGUUCUGUGUCUUCAGCAGAUGAGUUCUUUCUUAAGCAGGUAUAAAGAGGAAGCUCAGUUGUACAAGGAGGAUCACCUUCGUAACCGCCAGUACCCACAGUGCUAUGUACACUACAUGGUUGCCAUCAUCAACAAUUGCCAGACCUUCAAAGAGUCUGUAGUCAGUCUGAAAAGGAAGUACAUGAAGAGUACUAUGGACUCAGACCUGGCCCUGAGCCAGCCCAGUGUGGAUGGGAUUCUGGACAGCAUUGCACAGGACGGCUGCGGUAGUUUGCUGGAAGAGGUCUUCCUGGAUCUAGAGCAACAUCUCAAUGAACUGAUGACAAAGAAGUGGCUUCUUGGCUCCAAUGCUGUUGACAUUAUCUGUGUCACAGUGGAGGACUACUUCAAUGACUUUGCCCGAAUUAAGAAGCCAUACAAAAAGAGGCUGACAGCUGAGGCACACCGGCGUGUGGUGGUGGAGUACCUGAGGGCUGUCAUGCAGAAGCGUAUCUCCUUCCGGAACGCAGAGGAACGCAAGGAGGGCGCUGAGAAGAUGGUCAGGGAAGCUGAGCAGUUACGAUUCCUAUUCCGGAAGCUAUCUUCUGGACUUGGUGAAGAAACAGAUGGACACUGUGACACCAUUGUUGCUGUUGCUGAGGUCAUCAAGCUGACAGACCCUUCUCUGCUCUAUCUAGAAGUCUCAACACUGGUCAGCAAGUACCCAGAUAUUAGGGAUGAGCACAUUGGAGCGUUACUGGCCAUGCGAGGAGAUGCCAGCAGGGACAUGAAGCAGACUAUCAUUGAAACUCUGGAGCAAGGUCCUGCUCAGGCCAACCCCAACUAUGUGCCCAUCUUUAAGGAAAUUACUGUCCCCAGUCUGAACGUAGCCAAGCUCCUCAAGUAGCCCUUGCUACACCCUAUGCUGAGUCAUAUGCCAUAGUUAGAACUCAAGCCAUGCUGAGUUACUCCUAUGAGACUCCCAAGUGUGAGAACCUCUUUGGUGAGGAAAGACUAUGGGAGGGGCCCUGGGUUCCAGAGUGAGCACUCUUUCACUCUGCUGUAUAAUAAAAGUGGUCAUAUCUGAGA